GGUGUUUUUGAGCAUGAGCUCUUCGUCAUACCCUUGGUCUGUUAACUCCGGAGUGGGGCGUGAAUGGUGGUGGCUGAUGAAGUGUAGAUUACGGGAAGACCUUACAAAGAAAGGAGCUCCAGUAGGGUAAAAAGAUCUCUGACGUUGCAAGUGAAGUUGGAGUUGACAAUUCUAUAUUCUGGCCAUUGUCGGAUGCUAAAUAACGUGCCCUUCCCCCACUCUUCCACUUUUCCAAAGAAGGAAAAAAAAGAAAACUUCUAUUAAUGAAAGGCUCACAGUCUCGGGUGAAGGGAGAAUACUUUACUUCCAAAAGUUACUAUCUGGUACCACGACCAGGCCAUACACCCAAGCCUUGCGUCCGCAUCCCCCGCUAUGGGCCCUUUUAGGCUUCCUUCGUCUCCAAUACCCAAUACCCCACGGGAGUCAGAAGCAUAAGGAUGUGAAAGGGAAGUGCUGCGCCGUGGAUUGGCCAGUUAGCCGGUGAAGCCCUGACUUAGUGCCUUUAGCUUAGCUAUGACACAUCGGACAGAAUCUCGAAUACCGGUAAUUCGAUCAUGCACUACCGUACCCGCUCGAGUACAGUACUCGAAAAUUCCCUACUCUACCCCAGAAAAGUGUGAAAACAGAACGAAACCUGAGCCACUCAGCCCCUCUAAGGCAAACUCUAAAAAGCAAAAAUAAUAAUACACCAACCCUUACGGGAGCAGGCAACUCCAAAGACAUCCGGAAUUCCCCCCCCUACCUAUCAGCAGUCAUAUAUCCAACACAACAAAUAUAAACAUAGGCAAAAACCCCGGCACCCCGAUUCCCGCACUACCGUGCCCCGUCACCAUACAUACAUGCAUACAGACAUACUCGUACACACACUACCGGCUACCAUACGACACUUUAUCAUACCAUAAUGUGUACAACAAAAAUCCACCUAUUACAUCCCCCGCCUUGUCCGUUUCUCCGGAACCCCAAAGCAGGUUGGUUGGUUGGUUGGCUGGCUGGCCAGUCGGAGGCGCAGAGGGAAAAAGGGUCUCCUUCGAUAAGACUCACCAUCCAUCCAUACCCCAUCCCAGAAAACCUGUCCCACCUACAGUACCAUCCGUCCCGCCAGGCAGAUUUUGAUCCGGCGAAACGCAAUUGAUAUCACAAGGUAUCACUCGUGCAGCGGCGCAGCGCAGAAGCGGGACUUGCCGCGGCAGAGCCUCACGGUUCUUCCUUGGCCGAAUCCGCCGACGAACCCGUCGCGAGGGGGCUAUCGGAAGAAAUAUGAUCCGUUGACAACGCGUCCACGGCAUUUUUCAAGGCUACUCGCACUCGCACUCGGUGGAUUUCACGAGAUUUUUUUUUCCUUUCCGGCACCGGUACCGGUGCUUGUACACAUUUUCGUUACGGUCGUGCCGGUGUCUGGAAUGGAGUUCUGCGUGGAUGUAUCCGACAAUGGAUGGAUGGACGGGUGACUAUAAAUUAUGGGAACGAGUGUUGGAUAGGAAAGGAUUAGGGGACUUUUUGAACACGUUCACAAAUUCAUGCCAAGAUGCUGUUUUUUUUUUAAUUUGUAUAUAUUGGACGUAUUACUAAGCGAGGAAAAAAGUGAGCGAAUGGGUACGAUUUUUGGUGUCAUGUGCUAUAUAUAAAUGCUACUGUGUCCAAUAAACUAUCUCAAUUGUUUUCUAUCAACCGCCCUCAUUGACUUGCCGUCUAUAUUGGGCUUUCUACGGUACAAGCUUUACCCUACGAUGGCCCCCGCGCUUACCCUUCCAACGCCUCCUCCAGAGUUGGAGGAGGCUCCUCUUCAAGGUUUGCACGGUAUGUAUGAUGAUAAUGGCUUGUGGUGCCAUUUCACGGCUCUGGUGACCAUCUGACGGGAACUGAUGUGUGGGUGGUGACUAGUUCUUGAUCUUCCGGCGUUGUAUACUAGGCCUCGGGUUGAAGAUUUGCUUUCUACACUCAACAGAUUGGCCCUCGCGCCAACUUCGUGGGACAAGGGUGGGCAAGGGGUUGUCGAUCCUCCGGGAUUGAGCAAAUGGUUGACUGGCAUAAUUGCUAGUCCGUUAAAGUGGAUCGGAAACGAUGAGGUCAAAGAGGUGGUAUGGGAGGCAGUGAGCACGCGAUUGGCGGAGAGGUGCGGACGAACAGGUGUUUAUCGUUCUCUCUCUCUCCCUAUUAUUAUAAUAACAGUGGUUAACCGAGUGGUUCAGCCAUGCCUUCACAAACAAGAACUUUUCAGAUCCCCCUCCCCUUUUCUCGAAAAUCCAUCAGCAUAUCCCUCCGCGAACCAACCCUUACAGCAGACAACCUUGGGUUAAAGACCUGGGCCUCUUCGUACCUCCUAUCCAAACGCCUUCCGCUACUCGACCUCCCAACCUUCUCAUCCACCGCGAGGGCCCUGGAACUCGGAGCUGGCACGGGUUUGGUUGGGUUAGCUGCGGCUGUGAUCUUUAAAAUUCCGGUUCUCCUUACCGAUUUGCCAGAUAUAGUGCCUAACCUACAGCACAACGCAAAUACAAAUUCUGCGCCUGGAACCGCGAUUUCGGUUUCGGUAAUGGACUGGCGGGAAGGAGUAUAUGAGGUUGUGUCCGAGGGUGAAAAGUAUGACCUGGUUCUUGCGGCGGAUCCCCUUUAUUCGCCAGAGCAUCCGGGACUUCUUGUUGGAAUGGUUGGCAAGUGGUUGAAGAGGGGAAGACAUAGCAGGGUUGUUGUUGAGAUGCCGUUAAGGGAUGGGUAUAGUUCUGAGAGGGUCGAUUUUAGGGGUAGAAUGGAAAAGGCUGGGUUGGAAAUCAGAAGUGAGGGAGUUGAGACUGGUGUCGAUGAUUGGGGAGCUGGAGGCGAGGUUAAGUGUUGGUGGAGCGUCUGGGGGUGGAAUGGGGACUGCGAAUUUUAUUCUGUCGGGACAUCGGAUGACGUUGGUUUGGAUUGAUGGGGGUUUCAGGGUUCCGGGUGCGCUUGGGGUUUAAAGGGGUGUUUGUUAAGGUAAGCAUUUUCCAUCGCCGGAUGGGUUAGACAUCAUUAGAGUUAUCGGAAUAGAAGUCGGAACAGAAGUCAUGAUAGAUGAGACGAGAUGAGAUGAGAUGAGAGGGAUUGAAUUUCUCGGCGAUUGUUUCUGCAGCGUUUGAUGAGCCGUGAUGUCAUCUCGAGCCAGAAUCCCGCGUAGCGUUGCCAUCGCCAUUGACAUUGCCAUUGUGCUGGAGCAUAGAGC